AUGCGUCCAUUGCAAGCCAUCGUCCGCUCGUCCCUUUUUGCCCCCAACGGCCGCAGUCAUCCUUUUACCCCUCCCCCCUUCCAUCAACUAAAGACUGAUUUCACCGUCGCCCCGGCUGUGAACUACGCACCAACACCACCGCCAGUGACCAUCGCGAGCCUGGAAAUGAGCGGUGAGUUGGCGUAUCGCCCUACUCAGCUGUCCCCUGUUCAGGGUGUGUCUUACUACAGAGCACCUCCUAAUACUUCGGCAGUGCACUGGACGUGCGAGCAUGUACUCUUUCACAUAGGGUCUGGAGCCAGCAAUUACAUCAGGCGCCGCCUUGCCUAUUGUGUCAUCCGCUUCCUGCACCUUAAUCGUGAUGCUUCCAUCCUCAUUCGCCAGAAGACCCCGGACCACGACCUCCAUCCUCAUGUUGGACACAGGGUUGGCAAGGCUACCUCACAGCAGCGGCAGAAACGGAAACGCCUGGCGGCUUUGGACAGGGCUCCCACGCCCAUGAUCUCCCGAAUCUUGCCCGUCUCGUCAUCCCUCCAGCUUGGGUUCACCGUUCAGGCCACACGGCACACCAAGCUUGCUACUCGGACCUGGUGCUCCCAAGCAACCACGCCCCCGGAGGCAUACACAAUACACAAGACAACAGCAUUCCUUGGUGACCUCGAGAUGGCCUCCCAAUGGCCCGCAUCAGUGACAUGCACAGAAGGUCAAAACGUCAGGGCUGCAGGAAUCACAAGCCCAGCAAUGACGUAG